AUGCUGCUCCUCCCUGUUCCAGCCCUCUUUGCCUUGCCCUUUUCCUCCCACCUGCAUGAAAAUCUUUGUGCAUCAAUGUUUUGUCUGCCAGAGAGGUAGCUUGUGCAGCAAGAGAACUUUCUGGAGGUGUUUCUUCUCUGUCACCCUUCAACUAUGGCAGUAAAGGUCUCUCACUGGCAUAACUAUCUUCAGGUGAUCCUGUCCCGUGAAAGCCAGAGAGUGGAGCAUUUCCAGAAGGCAGAGAACAUUUUGUUGCUUGUACUGGAGAGAGUCAACGCAAUGGAUCCCAGGUUUAUAGUGGAUUACUCAAGAAAUCUGGAAGCCUUGGAAUUUGCCCUCUCUGCUGCAGAAGAUGAGGUUGCCAUGGAAGUUCCCUUGUGCAUUGAUGCCAAUGCUCUCUUGAUGCAGGAGUGUUCAGGUGAACAGAGGGACUCUGAGAAAGUAACUCAUGGGAACUAUCAGGUAACAGGAUCUUGCUACUUAGAUAUACCCAAGGAAUGCCCUCGCCUAGGAAACUGGACCAAAGAAGAUGUUUUCACUGUGGUGGACAGUGCUGAAUCCAGUGGCCACAUUGUGCCAGGCAAGGUCCUUCAUCUCCUGAAAGAACUGAUUGUUGCUGCCAUUGUUCAUUGCAAGCGACAAUCUCUCAUCCAGCCAGGUGAGCUCAGUGCUGAGAGGCUAAAGGAAGAUAGCAUGCAGUUGCCCUUGCUGGUGUCCAGCGGUUGGAAAAUGAUCUGCUUUAACAUUGUCCCUGUAAUGAGGAGAAGGCAGGGUGCUCUGAAGCUGGACAAGAAGGGGCAAGAAAAGGGUUUCCCGCAAGGCAGCUUGAGCAAAGUCACCCAGGAGGCUGACUUCAUCCCUGCAAGCUUCUAUCACUGGAGGUACUCCACCAGUCGCCCUAUCCUGAAACUUGUCCAAAUUGUCAGCACCCUGAAGGGGCAUCGCCUGGAUGGUCUCCGCCUCCUUGGCCAAGUCAGCCAUGAGAAUUGGAGGGAGGAAGGCAAGGAAACGGUGCUUACAUUUCACCACUUGAAGAUGGUGCUGCUCUGGGCCACUCACUUUUUUUCUUCCCCUGAAGACUGGAUGAACCUGGAAGGGUCCGUGUAUCGUCUGUUAGUGAUCUUGCUUUGCUGCUUAGUGACCAAAAAUCUUCCACAUUUCUUGUAUCCAGAGCAAAAUCUGUUCCAGGGUGAUGGUCUGCACCUGAGCUCUUUGUACCCCAAAGUAGAGAGCUUUACUAGGAAGCCUGAGCAUUUCCUGAAGUUCCAUUUUUCCAUAAAAGACAGCACCACACCCCCUCCCAUGGACAAUGGUCUCAAGGAAUUACUCCAUCUACCUGCUGAAGACAAAGCUUACUGGAGCACUGCGUUCUUUGAUAUGCUUCUUAAUAAGUUUCAGGUAUACCAGAUUAAGGACACACAGCGUAUUAAUGCAAUGUCAAGCAUCCUUUCAAAAACCAAGAAAAUGGUGAAUAACCAGAGCUGA